AGAUAUCAUUGUAAAAGGGAAAACACAGAGAGAAGUUCAGAAAAGUUCAUUCCCAGGAGAUGGCAAGGAAACUGAAGGACUUAAUGAUUAACACAACUCAUUCUGAUAAUGCCAUGAUUUCCAGAGUAUAAAUUUCUGGAUGUGGAGUACCAAAACUCACCUUCCCCAUCAUUGGAUCUGGAGACAUCAUUGUGCUCUCUUCAGGUUUCGGGAUGGAGCCCUUGGGGACAACCUCCGUUCUGCUGCUCGUCUGCAUCUCCUGCCUCCUCCUUUCCGCCUUCUGGAAGAGCCAGGCCAACAAGAGGAGGAAAAUGCCCCCCGGACCGACUCCAUUGCCCAUCAUCGGGAACGCUCUGCAGCUCAAGACCAACCACCUGGACCUGACGCUUUGCAAGCUGAGUGAGAAGUAUGGCUCCGUCUUCACCCUGCAUUUUGGAACGAAGCCUGUUGUGGUGCUCCAUGGCUACGGUGCUGUCAAAGAAGCCCUGAUUGAUCAGGCUGAGGACUUUGCUCCCAGAGGGAGUUUGCCAUUAAUAGAGAAACACUUUCAAGGCAAAGGGAUCAUAUUCAGCAACGGGGAGAGAUGGAAGCAGCUCCGGCGCUUUGCCCUGACCACCCUCCGCAACUUUGGGAUGGGGAAGAAGAGCAUCGAGGAGAGGAUCCGAGAAGAAGCCCAGUAUCUCCUGGAGCGGCUGCAGGGUACAAAAGAGCAGCCCUUCGACCCCACUUUCCUGCUCAACUGCACUACUUCCAACAUCAUCUGCUCCAUUGUCUUUGGAAAGCACUAUGACUAUGACAACAAGAAGUUCCUCGCCAUGAUGGCCAUAAUGAAUGACAACUUUGAGAUUGUCAGCUCCCCUUGGGGCCAGCUGGCCAACACUUUCCCUUCCUUCAUGGAUUGGAUCCCUGGGCCUCAUCACAGAGUGGGGACAAACUUGGCAAAAGCCAAAGCAUUUGUCAUGGAGGAAAUGGAGGCCCACAGGCAGACCCUGGACCCCAGCUCCCCUCGGGAUUUCAUUGACUGCUUCUUUAUCAAAAUGGAUCAGGAAAAGACCAACGAGGCUUCUGAGUUCACCACCGAGAACCUACUGUUGUCCACCAUUGACUUAUUUGUGGCAGGGAGUGAAACGACCAGCAGCACCCUCAGAUACGGGCUCCUGAUCCUCCAGAAGUACCCAGAGAUAGAAGAGUCAGUGCAAGAGGAGAUUGACCGGGUGGUUGGCCGGUCGCGACUUCCUUGCAUGGCUGACCGUGGACAGAUGCCCUACACGGACGCUGUCAUCCACGAGAUCCAGAGGUUCAUCUCUCUCGUCCCGUUGAGUGUUCCCCAUUCAGUGGCCAAAGACACACCGUUCAGAGGAUACACCAUCCCCAAGGACACCUCAGUGUUUCCUCUUCUGACUUCGGUGCUGCACGACGGCAAGGAGUUUCCCAACCUCACAGAGUUUGACCCACAGCAUUUCCUGAACAAGGACGGGACCUUCAGGAAGAGUGACUUCUUCAUGCCCUUUUCUGCAGGGAAGCGGAUCUGCGCAGGGGAAGGCCUGGCCCGCAUGGAGCUCUUCUUGUUCUUGGCCUCCAUCCUCCAGAACUUCAAGCUGAAGCCCCUCACGGACCCCCAGGACAUCGACAUCAAGCCCCACCUCAGCAGCAUGGGCAACGUCUCCCCGCCCUAUCAACUUUGUGUCGUGCCUCGAUGAAGGGGUCGCACCAGCCACCAUCCAUAGGUGCAGAUGGCCAAAGGACCCAGCUUCUCUUUCUGUUUUAAGAGAUGUUUACCAGCCCUUCCACUUCCCAGCACAAAAGUACAUGUGUCUAUGGCCUUGCUUUCACAGGGUUUCCUUAGGCCAGGGACCCUCAGAGGAGGUCUUCUUCAUUCGUUCCUCUGAACCAGAGCCUUGAGCAGCUGGGAUUCAUUGGUGGUUUCCUACCCAAGGACUAGCCCAUUCUGGGCCUGCUUGGCUUCCAAGGCCAGAUGGGAUCUACUGCCUGAAAAGUCCAGUUUUUCUCAUCUCAGCAAAGUGCAUGGGCAACAAAGUUUACCUCCCGUCUGUUGUAAACAUCUCAAAAGCAGCAGAUACUGGAAGCUCAGCAGAGUCAGCCCUGGUUUGGACUUGAAUGGGAGACCUCCAAUGACUUCCAAGUGCUGCAGGCAUUGCUUCAGAGGAAGGAGGAGGCAAACUCCAAAUUGGAGGGGCCUUCCUUGUCUAAGAAAGCCCUACGCAAUGCAUGGGGCUGCAGAAAGUCAACAAGCGAUUUGAAGGACAAAUAUACAACAAAAACACUUGCAAGGCACUAGGUAUAAAAAAUAAAUCCUAUUCUUCUGCCAAUAGGGAAGCCAUUGACGGAGGGCUUGUCUCUUUCCCACAAGAGGCCUUGAGUGCAUCUCUGGCCUCCCUCUGCCUUCUUCUGGGGCCGAGACUGAGCAGAGGCUUUGCUCCUUUUAGGCUGAAUUCCCCUUCCGUGUCCCCUGGAUCCAGGAUUUGGGAGAGAGACAACCUUUCGCUCAUUCUCCAGUCCAGCUCAAUAUUUUUGUGUGCCUCUAGGUUAUUUCUAUGGUGACCCCAAAGCAAUCAUCUCCCAGACUUUUCUGGGGUCGAGAGAGUGUGACCCAGGGGAAUCCCAAAGUUUUGCAGGUUUCCAAAGUCACAGCCCAGUGCGCAUCCCACUGCACAUGCUGCCUUUUGGAGCGUCUUUUCCCUGCACAUGGCAGCUCCCUCAAACCAUCCCCUCUUCUUCUGUUGUGUAUAUCAGGGAAGGGAUUAUAUCCUCUUUAUUAUUUCACACCUUUCUUUCUCAUAGGAACUGUUAUGGGUUCCCAUUGUUUAACUCCAAACCUUUCCUGUCCUGCAAGUUUCCUGAUCUGAGUUAGCAUUUCUCCAGCCUGGGCAAUUGCACUUAACUACUGGUUUCUGCAUUUUGCAUGUAUUUUUGCUAUUUAUGGAACUCUUCCAAGGCACGUGUUACUCCCCAAUGCCAUUGUUGUAUAUGUCUUGAUUGCUGCCUGUUCAAUAAAAUCCCUGCUUUGGAGACGUC